AUGUGGCCCCUGAUAUUCACUUUCAUGGUAUGUUUUGCGCCCAGCUAUCAGCAGUUCCCCCGUCCGUGUGCCACUCGGGAGGCCUUGCUCGCCAAGGAGUGCUGUCCGUCCUGGGAAGGGGACGGCUCGCCCUGCGGAGCCAAUUCGGGUCGGGGCUUCUGCCAGGACGUGGAGGUGCCGGACCAGCCCGACGGGCCGCAGUACCCCUUCUCCGGGCUGGACGACAGGGAGAAAUGGCCCUUGGUUUUUUACAACCGGACUUGCCAGUGCGCAGGGAAUUUCAUGGGCUUCAGCUGCGCGGAUUGUAAGUUUGGCUACUUUGGGGUGAACUGCAACGAGAGGAGAGAGUCCCUGCGAAGGAACAUAUUUCACCUGUCCAGGGCCGAGAGGAUCAGACUUGUGUCCUACCUGAACCUGGCCAAGCACACGGUCAGCAGGGACUACGUUGUGGCCACCGGGACCUACCAAGAGAUGGAGAACGGCUCCAGCCCGAUGUUCGCCGAUGUGUCAGUGUACGAUGUGUUUGUGUGGAUGCAUUACUACGUGUCCCGGAACGCGCUGUUGGGCGGGCCCGGGAACGUGUGGACCGAUGUGGACUUCGCGCACUGGGCGCCAGCCUUUCUCCCGUGGCACCGCGUGUACCUGCUGCACUGGGAGCACGAGAUCAGGAAGCUGACCGGAGACACGAGCUUCACCAUCCCGUACUGGGACUGGAGGGAUGCCCAGGGAUGCGACGUGUGCACGGACGAGCUGAUGGGCGAACGCAGCACCCAGGAUCCAAGUCUACUCAGCCCGGGCUCGGUCUUCUCUUCUUGGAGGGUGCUGUGCUCCCGGGCAGUGGACUACAGCAGCAGAGGUGUGUUAUGUGAUGCCAGGGAAGAGGGGCCCUUGCGGCGUAACCCUGGAAACCACAACCGGAACGUGGUUGAACGAUUGCCAACUUCAGCAGAGGUGGAGUUCACUCUCAGUCUGCCCAACUAUGACACCGGAGCCAUGGACCGCAGUGCCAACAUGAGCUUCAGGAACACUCUGGAAGGAUUCGGGAAUCCUCAGACUGGGUUAGGAAAUAGUACUCGUAUGGGCAUGCACGCUGCUCUCCAUGUGUUCAUGAACGGCUCCAUGUCUUCAGUGCAGGGCGCUGCAAAUGACCCCAUAUUCCUUCUUCACCACGCUUUUGUUGACAGCAUUUAUGAGGAGUGGCUCAGGAGGCAUAGACCAUCUCCAUCACAGUAUCCAGAGUCUAAUGCUCCUAUAGGGCACAACAGUGAGUACCACAUGGUGCCCUUCCUACCCCUCCACAGAAACAGAGAAUAUUUCAUCUCCAGCAAGGACCUGGGAUAUGAAUAUUCCUAUCUGCUAAGUGCUAACCAGAGGCUAGCAGAAUCCAUUCGUCCUUACCUGGAGGAACUGCAGGACGUGUGGCCGUGGCUGCUGCUUGCAGGCCUCUGCGGAGGAAUCGUAGCAGUGGCCAUAACUGCCGCUGUCCUGACUGCCAAACGGCGAUACAGAGGGUCGACUUGGCUGCACGUGGGGAGGUGGAAAAACUUAUUUGCUCUCCCAGAAAGGCAGCCACUUAUCUGGAGCAGUGACACUGAUGAAACCAACCACCGAAACUACCAAACAACUAUGUGA